AUAUAUGACAUCAUAAUGACCAGUUUGAGUCUUCAUACAUUCAAAGAUUUUUUCUGUUCAAUCGUGUUUGAUUUAAUCGGUAAUUGAAGUCAUUGUUUCACCAAAUAAAUUUCUUCGGGGCGUGUCAUUAGGCGCAUGCACAAAAGCCACACAAUAGAAGAAUAAAUUACACUCUUCGUUUUGUCCGUUUUCUAGGCUCAUUUAGACCUAAGAGAACAAGCGAGUCUGCCAAGUGCUACAGAGAGCAAAGACCAACCAUCAUGGGUUCGACAAAUGCUAUGUUGACACAAAUGAUACAAGACGCUGUACUGAAACUUUGCACGCAGAACGUAGUGUUCAAUAAAUCUCUUGAAAUAGAUGGAAUAAUAUGUGUAUCCCCCGGUGAUGAAGCUAAAGAAAUAGUAGUUAAAAUGCACAGAACAAUAGUUAAACCUAACGAACCCCAGACACCUGCUCAACCAGUCUGGUCAGCCUCUCCCUCACAAAUACCAACAGACAGUUAUUAUACAGGGGGCCCACAGCAAUCUCCUCGGCAAUAUCCAUCAGACACAUUUCCAAAUCCGAACCAAAGGAGGCCAGGUCCCAUAACCUCACAGCGACAGAAGCCAGCACCAAUAAGACCUAAAAUUCCUCAAAGCCCAAUGAGAGACAAUAAUAGAACACCACAGAGCCCAAUGGGUAAUACUCCUACUGUUACCCAAAGUCCUUAUUAUUCACCUGCUGAGCCAUCUGCUACCCAAGUUGCUCCAGGUGGACCACUGGGCCAGUCAGAAGGUGUCACUGUAAAAGAAGAGCCUCCGUCUUCCCCUAGACGCAUCAAACGAUCUCUUUCUGAUGACACGCAACAAGACACUCCUGAACAUUCCACAGAAAAACAACCUAAACUUGACCAAACCCCCGGUGCUACUGAUAAUCAAAACACGAACAAUAUAAACAUUAAGCAAGAAAAAGAAGAACCUAUAACUAUUGAACUAGGGGAUGAUGAUGAUGAGGAAGAGGAUGGGGGAGGGGGUUAUGAUGAAGAUUCAACUGCAGGAGCAAGCUGGAUGGGAGACAACACAUUAGAUACCUCACAAGACAACAUGGCAGAUAACAGUAUGGCUGAUCAGAGUUCAGCACAACAGUACGAGUACUAUGGAGUAGAAGACAAUAUGCUGCAAUUACGAGAUUCUGAUAACCAAAGUGCACAAAGUUUUGGACAUGGGGCAUUUAAGGGGUCAAAUAUACAGAGAUAUGUGUGUAGUGUUUGUCAUAAAGUCAUGACAAGGAAAGACCAUUAUAGUUAUCAUAUGAAGACACAUACUGGUGAAAAACCACAUAAAUGUCCACUUUGCCUGAAAGAAUUCAGACAACCAUCAGAUCUGAAGAGGCAUCAGAAACGUGUACAUGGAUUUGCACAUAACCAAAAGCAAUAAGUCUUUAAGAGGACAGUUUGAAAUUAGAAAUGUAUUUUGAUCAAUCAAGUUCUACGGGACAGUUCCUAUAAAAAAAUGUGAUUUUCAG